GCAGUGAAAAGAGCUUGCCCGCAGCCCCUUGAAAAGGGCUUGCGCUCUCCCCUCUAUCUCGAAAAUGGCAUUCUCACUCUCCGCCGGUCUCAACACGAAGAUUUCAGUUCCCAUACCAGGUGGACGAUGCAAAUACACAGGUCAAUCAGUGAGAGCACUACCCAUACGAAUAUUGACAGUGGGGAAAAAUAGAUCACGCGGUGUACAAUUAAUUGUUGAUGAGUACACUGAGAAGCUCAAACACUAUUGCCGCGUUGAAGAUGUACAAAUCCGAUCCAAUCCUAAGAAUGCCCGUGACGUGAUGGCUCAGAUUGAACAUGAAGACAUGGCUUUAAUGUACCUCAUCAAGUCUGACGAUUGGGUUGUGAUGUUGGAUGAACAUGGACUCGACAUCAAGUCUGAGCAGAUGGCUGAGUUAAUUGGGGAUGCAGGAAACACGGGGGCUUCAAGCUUAUUAUUUUGCAUUGGUGGACCUUAUGGUCAUGGAAGACAAUUACGAGAACGAGCUAAUGUAUCAAUUAAGCUGUCAUCUUUGGUCUUGAAUCAUCAGAUUGCGUUAGCUGUACUUGUGGAGCAACUUUACAGGGCAUGGACCAUCCUCAAAGGACAAAAAUACCAUCACUAGAGAAUCUCAUCUCUUGAUCACGGUCAUACUAUACAGAUCAUCUGCAUCUUUGAUUUGAGUUUGGACUUGCUAGAUUGCUUGAUUUGGAGCCUUAGACAGAAGUACUUGCAGAGCCUGUGAUACUAAAAGUGUUUCCUUUGCUUGAGGUGGGUGAAAUGGAAUAGUCCGAGAAUAUUUUGAUAUCUGCGAUAACAAUCGAACAUUUUGGUUCUCAUGUUCAAAUCAAAAAAUGGUCUAGUGCAUAGGAUGUGCCGCCGGUAUAUUGCUAUCCACUAGACCAUAAUUGAUCAAGGUCUUAUAAUUGAUUAGGAUUUUGGUCUGUGGAUAGGAUGUGCCGCUGGUAUAUUGCUUGGGUGCGUGUAAAACUUACAGAUCGCAAAAUGAUUUAAGAUGAAUUAGUAAGUCUUUUAGUCAUGAACAAUCUUUGUUGGUGGUGUUAAUUAAUAGAAUAAUUUAUGUUUUUGUU